UGGUCCAUAUCAAAUUCAUAGUCUUACUAUCAUCAUUUAAGUGAUUUUGUCUACUUUUUCUCAAAAACAACUCCAAAAUGUUGAAAAUUUGUUCUAUUAUUGCUUGUCUUAUAGCAAUGGCGGCCGGACAUGGCAUGAUGAUGGAUCCACCCAACCGCAGCUCCCUUUGGCGAUUCAACAACUCAUUUCCCAUCAACUACGCAGACAAUGAACUUUGGUGUGGAGGACGUGGUGUACAACAUGGCGUCAAUGGCGGCAAGUGCGGCGUGUGUGGUGAUGAUUACCGCAAAGAACAUCCGCAGGCGAACGAAAAUGGAGGCAAAUACGGCACUGGUUACAUCACAGCCACGUAUCAGCAUGCUUCAGUCAUUGAAGUGACUUCUCUCAUCACCGCAAACCAUCUUGGUAACAUCCAGUACCACAUUUGCAAGAUUAACGACUCCAGCAAACCAGAGAUUGGCGAAGAGUGCUUCAUUCCGAUUCCAUUCGAGGAUGGCUCUGAGAAAUUCACCAUUUUGAACUCGCAUCGUCAGGUUACGAGCAGGAUUCAACUUCCGAAGGAGUUCACAUGCAAUCAUUGCACUUUAAGGUGGACAUACACUGCAGGCAACAAUUGGGGUCCGUGUGGAAAUGGCACUGGUGCAGUGGGUUGUGGACCUCAGGAAACCUUCCGUUCCUGUGCUGACAUCGCUAUUCAGGUCAAUAACGUUAGUUUCCGGUCAUGGCCGUCUAAUGGAUCCACCGAAUCGCAGUUCUUUGUGGCGGAUUGACCCUUUAAUGCUUCCCAAUCAUCAUGAUGAUCAACUGUGGUGUGGCGGGUAUAAUCAUGGUAAAAACGGUGGAAAGUGUGGUGUUUGUGGUGAUGAUUACAACACACCGCAUCCGCAACCCAACGAAAACACAGGAAUCUAUGGAAAUGGUAAAAUAAUGUCCACAUACACAAAAGGAAC